CUCCUCCCUAAAUCCUGUCUUGAUGACGUUGUCUCCGACAUAGCAGACUUCUACACUCCAAGCGCAACUGGCUGAAAGCAUUUAAAACCUAAAAUACCAUGUAUUGUACAACAAGGCAAAAAUAAAAUAAAAAUCGACCGAUUUUCUGCGCUCCAAUAAUGAUUUAUGGGAAGAGCGUCUGUUGCCCGCUGACUUAGCAGGACUUGGCAAAGAUUCUUCAGAAAUGGUCUGGUCCCACCUCUGAUGUCAGAAUGAGGACCUAUACGCGUGGGGCCCCCACAGUGUUUUUCAUAACCCUGUUCUGCUUUUCCCUGGCCCUGUCGCUGGAAGAAGACCCCAGUGGUGGAAUCCCUUUUCUUGGUGGGAAUUACGAUGGCCACCCCAUGCUGUAUUUCUCCAGGGAGGAGGUGGGAGCCCUGCAACGUCAGGGUCGGGGCACGCACUUGCACAUCGCCGCCAAGAUCCAAGAGGCGGGCCGGACCAUGCUCGCCCACCCCGAAGAGUACCUCCCGCCCUGGAGCCCGGCGGACUUCAGUGCCCGCUGGAACGAAAUCUAUGGGAAUAACCUGGGAGUGCUGUCCAUGUUCUGCGUGCUGUUCCCCGAAACCGAGAGGGCCCUGGACCUGGCGAGGGAGUACAUGGAAAGGAUGGCAGCGCAGCCUAGUUGGUUGGUAAAAGACGCCCCCUGGGAUGAGGUACCUCUUGCUCAUUCUCUCGUUGGCUUUGCUACUGCUUACGACUUCCUGUACGGCGACCUGAGCAGGUCGCAGCAGGAGCGCUUCCUGCAGGUGAUCGCCAACACCUCUAGGUACAUGUACGAAAAGUCCUAUAACCGGGGCUGGGGGUUCCAGUACCUUCACAAUCACCAGCCAACUAACUGUGUGGCCCUCCUGACUGGAAGCCUCGUUCUCAUGAACCAGGGUUACCUGCAGGAAGCCUACCUGUGGACGAAGCAGGUCCUGGCGAUCAUGGAAAAGUCCCUGGUUAUGCUGCAGGACAUCACCGAUGGAUCCUUGUAUGAGGGGGUGGCCUAUGGGACGUACACCAGUAGAUCUCUUUUUCAGUACAUGUUCCUUGUACAGAGGCAUUUUGGAAUCGGUCACUUUCAUCACCCUUGGCUCAAGCAACAUUUCGCCUUCCUAUACAGAACUAUUUUGCCAGGGUUUCAAAGAAGUGUGGCUAUUGCAGACUCCAACUACAACUGGUUCUAUGGCCCAGAGAGCCAGCUGGUUUUCCUGGACAGCUAUGUCAUGCGCAAUGGCAGUGGCAACUGGCUUGCAGAGAUGAUCCGUAAGAACAGGGUUGUGGACGGGCCCGGGCAGGCAGGGAAGGGACAGAGGUGGUGCACUCUUCACACAGAAUUCAUCUGGUAUAAUCCAAAUCUGACCUCUACAGCUCCUGCAGACUUUGGGAAACCCAGACUGCAUUAUUUUGAGGACUGGGGAGUGGUCACCUACGGUAGUGCAUUACCAGCAGGGAUCAACAGAACAUUCCUCUCCUUCAAAUCGGGAAAACUGGGAGGCCGUGCCAUAUUUGACAUCGUGCACAGGAAUAAGUACAAAGAUUGGAUAAAAGGGUGGAGAAACUUCAAUGCUGGCCAUGAGCAUCCUGACCAAAACUCCUUUACAUUCGCACCCAACGGUGUACCUUUCAUUACGGAAGCACUAUACGGACCAAAGUACACUUUCCUGAACAACGUCGUUAUGUUCUCCCCUGCGGCUUCUGACAGCUGCUUUGCCCCUUGGGAAGGGCAGGUAACAGAAGCCUGUACGUCCAAGUGGCUGAAAUAUAAACAAGGGGCAGCUGCAGACUGCCAGGGCAAGGUAGUGGCAGCUCUGGAAAGGAACGGGAUGGUAUUCAUUCGAGGGGAGGGAAAGGGUGCCUACAGUCCUGGCCUGAAGAUAAAGAGCUUCCAAAGGAACUUGCUCCUUCUGCAACCUCAGCUCUUACUCUUGGUAGACCACGUUCAUUUGGAGAGCGACAGCCCAGUAGGGCUAAUGAGUAGCUAUUUCCAUAAUACUGACUUGCCUUUUGAGGAGACUGUGAAAGAUGGUGUACAUGGAGCAUUUAUUAGACACAGAGAUGGAUUAUAUAAAAUGUUCUGGAUGGAUGAUACGGGAUACAGUGAUAAAGGGGUUCUAGGAUACAGAAACUAUCCUCGUGGGUAUCCUUAUAAUGGGUCUAACUAUGUGAAUGUGACUCUCCCACUGAGGAACCCAAAUUCCAGGGGAGUAUUCAUUUUCUUUGGUCCUGAUAUGGAUGUCCAGAGUUUCAGUAUCCGUAGUGAUGCCCAGAGAGUAGAUAUUUACUUGGCCACUAGUGAACACACGUAUACAGUCUACCUCCUCACGGGGGAAGUCACAAGCAAACCUCUUUUUGCCAUGGUGCUGGCUGACCACGAGAAGGUUGUCUUUGAGAAAGCCUCAGGGGUCAAGGAGAGCUCGCCGGCUGAGGUCAACAACUACGCAAACUUCGUGGAGGACAAUCUCCAGCAUGCUAAGCCCGUCUUCCAGCAGCUGCAGAAACAGAUCCUGGCUCGCGUGCUCAACACUGAUAACUUCAGGAAGACGGCCGAGCGCCUCCUAGAUUUCUCAGACCAGAAGAAGACGGAGGAAAUCAUCGAGAAAAUGUUCACCCUCAAAAAGAAGCAAAACAGGAACAAAAACUCCAAGAAAGGAGCUCUCGCUGACAAGCUUUCAGAUGGACUCCCAGAUAUUUUUGCUCAGAUUGAGGUCAAUGAAAAGAAGGAACGGCAAAAGGCCAUGAAGCGCGUGUAUGAUGAAGACAUUGAGGAAGCAGAUGGGGAUGCCAGGGCCUUUCUGGACUACAGCGACCUUCGGCUUCCCAAAGGCAGGAAAAGUGGCAUUUUUAAACAACGGAAAUACAAGGAACUUCCUAUGGUUUCUACUGACAGAAGUACUGACCCUUUAAUCUCUGCAUCCUAUAUAAGACUGUUCCUCAUUUUAAAUAUUGCUACUUUUUUCUUCUUGUUGGCUUUACUGCUGACUCGAUUUCAAAAAACGCAAGGUCUGCACACUAAGAGGUGUUUCUAUGGCAUUGUCCUUGUUGACAGCUUUAUCCUGCUGUGUUUAUAUUCCUCAUGUUCAAGAGCACAGUGCUGACAUCGCCAUAUUUCAAUGGACUAAUGUUAUACAAACCCACUGGAAUGUAAUUAUUCACAAUGACUGAAAAUGUUAUCGGUAACACAGUCUGAGCCUUAAGCCUCAUCUGGAAGAGUAUAUUCCUAACAGAGACAGAUGUGAGAGAUUACCAUUGGUUUUCAAAUUAUCUCUGGAAUCGUGCCACUAAAAUGCAGACAGAGUAAACAUUGCAGAGAUAUUAAGUCAUUAUUGUUAUUUUUUGAACAAUACCGAAUUGUACAGAUUUUUAAACUGAGAAUAUUUUUGCUGGGAGUAUUUUAUAAUCAUUGAAAUUAAAGACAAUUAUGAAAUGUUUCCUUA